CCUUCGGGCAACUUCCCGCCUCCUCCGUCGCAAUGGCGUCGGCGCCUGCUGGCUCCCAGCCGCGAGGGAGGGGCGGAGCCAGAGGCGGGGCUUGCUUCGCCUCCCACGGCGGGGAGGGCGGAGCUGUGGCUGCUGCUGUUUCUGUUAGUACCUCGGAGAGCGGCCGGCGCAGGGAAGGAGGGGAGGGAGGGACAGACAGACCUACCGGACCCGAAGCAGCCACCGGAGGGGGGGGGGUCUCCGGGACCGUGCCGGACGCUCCCCGCCCCCCUUCCCCUUGCCGCGCCCCCCUUCCCCUCCCCGGGACCCCCGGGCUAGGCAGUGUCGUCCGAGGAAGUAUCUUAAAAUGAAGAAGUUUAAUUUCCGCAAAGUUUUGGAUGGUUUAACUGCCUCAUCCCCUGGCAGUGGCAGCAGCAGUAGUGGUAACAGUGGCAGUGGGACCGGAGGUGGUUCUAUACAGAGUGGAGGGACUGCAGGGGUUCUCAGAGAAGAGAUACAAGAAACCCUAACUUCGGACUACUUCCAAAUUUGUAAGACUGUCCGGCAUGGGUUUCCUUAUCAGCCCACAGCCUUAGCCUUUGAUCCAGUCCAGAAAAUUUUGGCUAUUGGGACAAGAACAGGUGCUAUACGAAUAUUGGGCAGGCCUGGUGUUGAUUGUUAUUGCCAACAUGAGAGUGGUGCAGCAGUACUGCAGCUUCAAUUCUUAAUCAAUGAGGGUGCUUUGGUUAGUGCAAGCUCAGAUGAAACACUUCAUUUGUGGAACCUUAGGCAAAAACGGCCAGCCAUUCUUCAUUCUCUUAAAUUUAACCGAGAACGAAUUACUUACUGUCAUCUACCUUUCCAGAGUAAAUGGCUCUAUGUUGGAACAGAAAGAGGAAAUACACACAUUGUAAAUAUUGAAUCUUUCAUUCUCUCUGGAUAUGUUAUCAUGUGGAACAAAGCAAUUGAACUAUCCACAAAGACUCACCCAGGUCCAGUUGUACAUUUAAGUGAUAGUCCAAGGGAUGAAGGGAAACUGUUAAUAGGAUAUGAAAAUGGAACUGUGGUGCUCUGGGACUUGAAAUCAAAAAGAGCAGAACUGAGAGUUUAUUAUGAUGAGGCUAUUCAUUCAAUUGAUUGGCAUCAUGAGGGCAAACAGUUCAUGUGCAGCCAUUCAGAUGGCAGCUUGACUCUAUGGAACCUGAAAAGUCCAAGCCGUCCUUUCCAGACCACAAUUCCACAUGGGAAAAGUCAAAGAGAUGGAAGAAAACUGGAAUCUUGUAAACCAAUUCUUAAGGCUGAAUACAAGACCUGUAGGAACAGUGAACCAUUCAUAAUCUUUUCUGGUGGACUGGCCUAUGACAAAGCCUGUAGAAGACCAAGUCUGACUAUCAUGCAUGGAAAAUCAAUCACAGUUCUUGAAAUGGAUCACCCCAUUGUUGAGUUCCUAACUCUCUGUGAAACUCCCUACCCAAAUGAAUUUCAAGAACCAUAUGCUGUAGUAGUGCUUCUGGAGAAAGAUCUAAUUGUAGUCGACCUUACACAAAGCAAUUUUCCGAUCUUCGAAAAUCCUUAUCCCAUGGACAUUCAUGAAUCACCAGUUACCUGCACAGCAUAUUUUGCUGACUGUCCUCCGGAUUUGAUUCUAGUACUGUAUUCUAUAGGAGUUAAGCAUAAAAAGCAAGGAUACAGCAAUAAGGAGUGGCCAGUCAGUGGAGGGACCUGGAACAUUGGGGCCCAAACAUAUCCUGAAAUUAUUAUUACAGGUCAUGCAGAUGGAUCAAUAAAGUUUUGGGAUGCUUCUGCAAUAACUCUACAGAUGCUGUACAAAUUAAAAACAUCAAAAGUGUUUGAAAAACAGAAGAUAGGAGAUGGUAAACAAACAUCUGAAAUUGUAGAAGAAGACCCUUAUGCCAUCCAGAUGAUUUACUGGUGUCCUGAGAGCAGAAUAUUCUGUGUAGCAGGAGUCUCUGCAUAUGUCAUUGUUUACAAAUUCAGCAGGCAUGAAAUUACUACUGAAAUAGUGUCAUUAGAGGUACGACUUCAAUAUGAUGUUGAAGAUAUCAUUACUCCUGAACCAGAAACAAUUCCUCCGUUUCCAGAUCCCUCUUCCCAACUUCCUUCUUCGAAGAGUCUUUCAGGGAGUACCAACACUGUAGCAAGUGAAGGAGUGACAAAGGACAGUAUCCCUUGCCUCAGUGUUAAGACACGACCUGUUCGGAUGCCUCCAGGUUAUCAAGCAGAACUCGUUGUUCAGUUGGUAUGGGUAGAUGGUGAACCUCCACAACAGAUUACUAGUCUCACCGUAAGCUCUGCCUAUGGCAUUGUUGCAUUUGGGAACUGCAAUGGAUUGGCUAUUGUGGAUUUUAUGCAGAAGACAGUGCUGCUAAGCACGGGAACCAUUGACCUAUACAGAUCAAGUGAUCCAUACCAAAGACAGCCAAGGUCUCCUCGAAAAAACAAGCAGUUCAUUGCAGAUUGUUUCUCUCUCUUUUCUCUGCCUGCUGCUGAUGCUGGUGUUCUGGCAUGUUCCAAAGACAACUUUUGCAUGCGUGGCCUGUCUAACUUUUAUCCAGAUUUAACGAAACGGAUCCGUACUUCCUAUCAGAGUAUGACAGAACUUGCUGAGAGUCCUGUUCCCCUAGAACUUGAGCGCUGCAAGUCUCCCACCUCAGGAUUUGCUACCAGAACUCCAGAGGCAGCACCAGGCUUUUAUAGAAAUGAAUUACCAGCUGUGAGACAGAGAAACCAAGUCCAUCAUUUGCCAGAUCAUGUAAAUGGACACUGCACCAGCCCAACUUCCCAGAGCUGCAGUUCUGGAAAACGUCUUUCUAGUGCUGAUGUUUCAAAAGUAAAUCGCUGGGGUCCUGGAAGACCACCAUUCCGAAAGGCACAGUCAGCUGCUUGCAUGGAGGUCUCUCUACCUGUCACAACAGAAGAAAGCCGAGAAAACUCCUAUAAUCGGUCUAGAAGUUCUAGUAUCUCCAGCAUUGACAAAGAAUCUAAGGAAGCAAUUACAGCUUUAUACUUCAUGGAGUCCUUCGCACGGAAAAAUGACUCAACAAUCUCCCCGUGUCUGUGGGUUGGAACUAGUCUGGGUAUGGUGUUAAUGAUCUCCCUUAACCUACCUUCAACAGAUGAACAAAGGUAUACAGAGCCAGUCCUGGUAUCUCCAAGUGGUACAUUACUGACGCUAAAAGGAGCUGUUUUAACAUUUUCCUGUAUGGACCGUCUUGGGGGAUUAAUGCAUCCACCAUAUGAAGUUUGGCGGGACCCAAACAGUCUGGAUGAUAAUGAAAAAGGAAGAAAAAGGAAACUGGUCAUGAAUUCCCCAUCAACUUCCCAGGAAAUGGGAGAUCAACAGUAUGCAGUAGUCUGCUCAGAAAAACAAGCCAAAGUCUUCUCAUUGCCUUCCCAGACUUGCCUUUAUGUUCAUAACAUCACAGAAACAUCCUUCAUAUUGCAAGCAGAUGUGGUGGUCAUGUGUAACGGUGCCUGUUUGGCCUGCUUUUGUGCCAAUGGCCACAUCAUGAUAAUGAGCCUACCUAGUCUGCGCCCGAUGCUGGACGUGAAUUACCUGCCUCUGACAGACAUGAGGAUAGCGCGGACGUUUUGCUUUACCAACGAGGGGCAGGCGUUGUAUCUCGUGUCUCCCACUGAAAUACAGCGCUUAACUUACAGUCAAGAAAUGUGCGACAAUCUACAGGACAUGCUAGGAGAGUUGUUUACUCCGGUGGAAACGCCAGAAGCUCAGAACAGAGGCUUCCUCAAGGGACUGUUUGGUGGGAGUGGACAAACGUUUGACAGGGAAGAGUUAUUUGGGGAGGCGUCGGCGGGGAAGGCAUCGAAAAGCCUCGCCCAGCAUAUCCCCGGGUCGGGUGGAAUCGAAGGCGUCAAAGGGGCCGCCGGAGGGGUCAUGGGGGACUUGGCCCGGGCCCGGAUCGCCCUUGACGAAAGAGGCCAGAGACUGGGCGAGUUAGAGGAGAAGACCGCUGGGAUGAUGACCAGCGCCGAAGCAUUUUCCAAACAUGCCCACGAGUUGAUGCUGAAGUAUAAGGAUAAGAAAUGGUACCAGUUUUGAGGCUGCCACAGACACCGCCACAGCACUGAGAACCCAUCUUUCAGGGAAACACUUUAUUCCCAGCAUCACCAUUCAACUGCUAGAAGUCACAGUUUCUUCUGUGAAAUGUUUCCCAGUGAUUCAUCUGAGGUUACCACAAGGGAGACUUUAAAAAGGAAGGUUGACAUCCCAAAGACUGGACCCCCAACUUAGAUUGGUCUCCUAGUGUCCAUUCCAAGAUAGCGUCGUGACUCGCCUUCUCCCAAGUGGAAUGGAGCUGUCAUCUCGGCAUGUAGUUUUUCUGAGGCGUUCUGUGUAAGAACCACGGGGAGUCUUUCUGGCUAAAAAUAUCCUGUACAAACUAAAACAUUAAUGCACUUAAUAAAAAAACAAAAACCUUUGCAUGAUAAAUUAACAUCUUAAGAGGAAAAGAAAAAAAGCAUGUUGUGACAGAAGAAAAAAAAGAUUUAUGGUAAGCAAAGCAAACUAUUUUAAAGAUCAGGCCAAUUCCACAAUUACAAAAACAAUCUGCAUUAGAAGAUUCCCAUGCAUUUCAAGUAUAGUUGCUAUACACAAGUAAAGGGGGAAACCACCAGUCCCCCCUCUCAUCUGUAACUUACAUUUUUCAUGGAACUAAUGACAUGAUUGACUUUUUAUUGGCAGGAGUCUGGUUAACAUUCUAUCCUCUCCAUAAAGCUUUUGCAUUAUUCAGAGUUCCUGGGUUGUCACAUCUGGCCAUCGUCCAGUGCAGGAAACAAUUCCCUCCUAAACUCAUCUGUCUUCUCGGGAUGAGCUGCAAGUUUCCAGGGGGAAGCGAAUAGAGGGGGCUGUGUUGUUUCAGAAGCCUGGAUUGGAAAUUCUGCCGAGAGCUAAUGUAGAUUUGGAAAGCUGGCCCGUGCGGUCGUAGCCAUGUGGUUAGCUUUGGGUGUUCGGUGAGCACAAACAUGCCCAGCAGUUGUUUCAACGGGGCUGGGGCCUGUGAAAAACAUCCUUGUUUACCCAUUCCCUUGUAGAUGGCACAUCAAACCCCAGCGAGCCCUCUAUCCCUGGUGGCUCUCAACCACCCAAAUACCACUUUUCAAAGACCUAAUUAAUCUGUUUUGCGUGGCUCAAUCAAACAUUGAUUAACCAGAACAUUCAAGGCAUGGGAUGAAUGUGAUAGUCUAUUCCAUCUUCUAGCCGAAGCAUUGACCAAAAAAGCCUUUGUUUUAACACUUGCAGUUCAAAAUCACUUGCUAGUACGUUAUAUUGAACAAAAGUGGGACUGCGGAUCUGGCAAGCCAUGCAGUAGUGGAGAGAGUCGGGAAACGUGUGUUUAAAGGCCAGCUUUGCUCCAGGUUAGCUGGUGACUUUGGGCAGCUCAGUUUCCUCACCUCGACAAUGAGGAGGCUGGGCAGGUCGAGACAGGAUCCAGAUGUAAAUCCUAUAACCCUGUAAAUAUCUCAGGAUCCUCAUUUUAACCACCAGUGAUAAAUACAGGCCAUCAGAGCUAGAAGGGACUCUAGAGAUCAUGGAGCCCAACCAGUUUUUACAGGUCAGGAGGCUUUCAUUCAAAGAAGGAAGGUGGCCCAAAGUCACAGGCAGAAUGUUAACUUUCUUCUAGACCAGCCUUGAAACUACAAAGGCCAGACCCUCCCGCUCCCCGAAAUAAGAUCUCUUUGAGAAAAAAAUAUUUAGGUAUAUACACAGACCAAUGAUAGGCCUCACUAGUUUUAUGCAAGUUAGGUGGGAGAAAAGGAAGCUUCUAUUCAGACCAAUCUCAAUAAUUAAUGGCAGAGCAAGAGCUGGGGUCUCCAGACUUUGCCUCCACAAUGGACCGAGUCUGUUUUAACCUCUGGUAAAUAGCAUAUUGUUCAAACUAAUUUCUUGAUCUCCAUAAAUUUGCUAGUGAAUUUUUCCCUCUCCUGAAAUUAGAAUGCAAUUUCUAAAAUGCCAGUUAAUUAAGGAAUCUCCUUAGUUGGGAGUCUGGUUAAUCAAGGUUUUAUUGUGUUUGCAAAAACAGAAUUACCAUUUCUUCUUAAGAAUUAAUUCUUUUCUCUAAGGCUUAGUCAUUUUCACAGCCAGAAAGUGAGAUUUCAAAUUAGUUUCUUAGUGGGGAUGCCCCAUGUAUUCCUAUGCAACAGAGCUUCUCUUACAAACACUGUAAAAUGUGUCAAGGAUCGAGAUGUUUGAAGGAGGCAGUAAUUUCAGGUCACAGUAUUUGUCCUCGUCCUGAAAAAUUACCUAUUUUUUAGGUGGUUACUUCUUAGAACCUCUCAAGACCACCAAGCUGCCUUGAUGUGACAUCCUGGCAUGGGGGAGGGGGUACAUGCACUUGAGUUAAUUGAAUUGUAAAUAGUAGAAAUAAUUGGGAAACUUAGAAGCAAAGUCUGUAUGGUGAUAUUGGCAGCUGUAAUUCAGCAUCUGUACCAUCCAAGUCAAGGACCUGGUUUCUUGGCUUCCUUCUAAAUUAUCUAAUUUGGGGAUGUGGAAAUUCAUAUACACUUUUCAUUUUGACUAAAAGAUAUAGAGGUACUUGUAAAUGUACAACUGAAAAUGUCAGCCACCAGCUUCCCCCCCAAAAGAAAUCAUUCAAAUGUCAACCAACAUUAUUGUACAAAUUUAGCAGUGAAAAUGCUUCAGCAGAAACUAUUAUUUUAAAGUUUGAACUUUUCAUUUUAUGAUGAAAUAAAAUGCCUAUUUUGAUGGGGGAACCGAUCACGCCUUCAUGCUACUCUUUCUUGAGGCGGCAGCAAUGUACAGUGGCUAUUUCUGUGGCCAGGAUGGCAUCCCUGAAGGAGUGUGGCGAAGUGACCAUUUUCUUCUUCCUUGGCAUGCUGCGCUGUGGUUGAGCUUGGGGGCACCAGUAGCCAUCUCCACCCCAUCCCCACGGGGUGCUGGCAUGCCUGCUAAUACUCAGAUGUUCAAUGGCUGCUUCACCUUGUGGACAUUACCAGGCUUUCAGACAAAAUAAUGGCAUCACAACAUAGAGGGUUGGAAAUUGCCCAGGUCAGACAUCCUGAUUUAACCACCCUGUUUUUGACAGCCGAGGAGGACGUGUUGAGUUGCUGCUUGGGGAACUGGAAGGGCUAUGGACGAUUCUUAGUUUUCUAGAUAAUGAGCCCAGUUGGUAAGUUCAUCCUCAGAGUAAUGUAGAGGUAUAGAGCCUGACCCCUGAGGCUUGCUCAGAAAAAUCUCCCUCUAGCCACAAGAUUUCAGUCCUCUGUGGGGCUAAAUUCCUGCCCUGAUAGCGGAGCUUCCUGAAAUUCAUUUAGUCAUGUGACUAAAUGGGGCUCGGGGCUCAUUUCUUCUCCUUAGCUGUUCUCCCCUCCUAGGCCCCAAUGGGAGAGAGUAAAUGGGGCAGUUCUUCCUACUCUGCUCCUAAAUUAAUAGAUAACUGUAUAUUUUCAAUCUCAUCUUAUUUUUUAAUGACUCACAAACUUAAAGACUAAGACUCAGAGAGGCCAAUUUACUUUCCCAAAAUUAAAUAAGGGAUUACCAGGACUAGAACCCAAAUCUCUUCCCACACCAUUGUUGGGGUUUUCCCCCCUUUACACAAGGCUCUUUUAUUUUCAGUACAAUACAUUCUUUCAGAUAUUGAUCCAUAGAAUGCAAACUUCUCCUGGGAUAAGACCCAAACAAAAUGCCAAACUUUAGCCUGUAUACUGUUGAUUAACUAGUAUUUCACUUGGGCUUUAUUUAUUCUAAGUCUAGUCUAAAACAGCCUCUUUCUGCAUUCCUUUAAAAAAAAGAAGAAGAAAUUCAUUUUGUUCCCAUCCUAAUUGAGAGAAUAUAAUACUUCAAUCCCUAACUUAAUUUGCAGUAUUUGGUUCAUUUUCUACAAAAAGCUACAUUUCAGAAAAGUUAGACUUCAGUCAAAGGGGAUGACACUUAAUUCGAUGAAUCAUGGAGUCAUUUUGUAUAACCGCCCAAAAGGUUCGAGUUCAAUUGUACCACAAAAUUCGGGAGAACCUUUAUUUCAUCAUAACGUGUGCUUUACAUGCAGGUUGACAACAGCCUCGUGAUACCAAAAAGACUGCACUUCAUGCACACAUAUCGGAGACCCAAGCUAAAUGAUCCCACAGACAGAUCUUUACUGAUAUGUCAUAUAUAGAAAGCUUUCCAUACUAAUUCAGGAGAAAAUACAUCAGAAUUCCUCAAAUGCCAGAAUUGUAGAGUAUCUUUAAUGUAGAUUAACUAGAAAGAGACUAAAACAAAGUGUUACUUAGCCACGCUUUUUAAUGAGUAGUUAAGAACAAUUUGUAAGUGAGUUGAUCGUGUGAAAUUGAAUCAGUGCUUCUGAAGUGCUUGAAAAGUCUCCUCCUAAGCAUUUAAAUUAUUCCCUUUGAAAUCUUUGUUAAGAGCAGAGCGAGAACUUUCUUCAAGUGGAGAAUGAACUUCAAUCCACAAACUCCUGAUCAGUGGAGUCAAAAUUAGCAGGUUUCACUUCAUUGAAAUUGCUUUUAUCAUCCAGUCAGAGCACUCUCAAAGAGAUGCUAUCCUCUGAGGCUUUUCUCUAAAUGCCGGUUUUCCUACUGACCUCGGAAAAAUGAACCCUUUUCUAGGACCUCAGAAGCACUGCUGGUCACUGCGAAAGCAGAGGGAGUGUUAAUAGCUUCAAACCUGAGUUUCCAUAAGAACUGCCCAAAGGGAGCACCACAAGAGGCAGCUGUAACUAGUCUUCUGUCCAGUUACUGACCCGAUCUCCAGGCUGAGUCUCAAAAGAAGGGAUUCCCACUUAGUGCUCCCGAAGAAAACGGAUCUUCUUCCUGACAUCCUAUGCAACUGUGGGAGGACACAGGAUUUAUUCUCAUAGCCACAGUUGGAUAUGAGCAAUAAACCUUACCGUCAGUCACCCAUUUCUCAUUGUUUCGAGACUUCAUUCACUCGUUCAUUAUUCUUAGUCCUUGGGAAAGCAGCACUACCGUGAGCAUCCUCAACAGCAUUUGAUACAGACUCCACUGUCAGUGUGCUGGCCCAGGGCUUCCUGUUCCUUGGGAAACCCUUUUUUUUUAGCGAUUUAAUCAUAAAGCUAACAGACCUGUACAUAUUUGAUGCAGGUCUUUAUUGGAUAGAGAAGGAAUAACAUGGACGUUCACAUUCAGAUGAUGUCUAAAAGUGAUCAUGAAAAUCAGGGAAAAGAAGGUGGGCUGAGGAGAGAAUACUGGAGAAGCUCUGCCCGGCUCCACAUCACCGAGGAAGCCUGGUAUGUGGAGGGAAGUCAGGGGGGUGUUUGUAUCCCCGGGGCUCUGGCCUCCUUUACGUGAGGAGGGGGAGAGGCCAAAUUGUUCAGAGAAGGCAAAGAGAUUCUUGCCAGUCGUGUCCUCCACAACUUGUCACGUUGCCACCUCCCUUCUCCAGGCCUCCAGGAAGUCAUCCAUCACACAGAGGAAGCAAUGUUUAUCACAUACGGCUCCCCAGUUAUACUCAGAUGGUCAAAUCCAACAGAACCGGUAAAAGAGAAUGAGCCUGGGUACCCAGGAAUGAGCCCCGAUAGGGAGAAGUGACAAAGAGAUCACAGAAAGCAAGAGCAUAGGGGGCCACCAAGAAGAACUUGGCUUCCUUUCCACCGUAGGUACCCAAACACAGGACGCCCAAUGCAAGAUUGCAAGAGGAAGGAGAGGAGAGGCACCAAGUGUUCUUGGCUUUAUCAUUUUACGUGAGGUCAACUCUUCCCCUAGGGAACCCUCCUCACCACUGUUCACCUUGGCUGGUCCUAGACAAGACAGAAGCAAGAGUGGAGGAAAGGCUAGAACCCUAGAUGGGCUGAUGGACUGGCCAUGGGCUGCCUGAUGUGCCCAGGAGACCAUGGUGCUGUCCGAGUCAAUGACUCAUUAUUACCAUGCAGGACCUGAAGCGCUAGAGGAAAAUGCCCUGUGGUGGCUGUGUCUGGAUGUCCCCAGGACAGCAACAACCCCUCCCAAAAGCUGUUGCUGAUUUUCUUCUCAUUGGGAAACUCAGGCUUAUGAAAAAGGUGUAGUGUGCAACAGAGGAAAGAUGAGAGCGUAACCUUUGUCCAUCUGUGCCCCUCUGCUCCUUCCCCUAACUGCCACCCUUCCCAAAUGUACAAGCCAGAAAGGGAGCCCUGGUGGGCUUUGAUGGAUAGUGGUACAUAGGACUGAAAAUUCCAAGAACCUAUACUUUUUAGUAUUUAUGUGAUGUUUUACUCUAGAAAAUUAAGAAACCAAUGACACAAUUGAUGUACCUUUCUUUCAUCUUCAGAAUUUUUGCAUCUUUUCAGAAUAUGAAAAAUUACUAUUUUUCUGUUGCAUUUAGCACUUGUGACUAUACUUAUCAGAAUUCUUGUAGUCUGUAGAGAGAUCAAUAAACUUGUAUAUGUUUGUACAUA